AAUACAUCAAUCUCAAUGGUUGAAACCAACACCGCACUUUGCAACAAAGCUGCAAAUCUGACCCCAAACUCUGAUUAUCUCACCCUAGUACGUUACAUCAAGCUUCGCCGCAAGCAGGCCUCAGCUGCCCAGCCAGCAUAAGUACACCAUGCUAUGGCCUUCUACUUCCCAGGACCAGGUCAAGUCAAGCCGGCCGCCCUUGACCGUAAAACUUCGUCUACCUUCGGUGAAGUGACGAAUCUUCGUGGAAAUGAGGUCUUCACUUGUCUUGGGCUUCGUCUGGGUAGCGGGAAUAUUUGUAUCUGCGGCUGUCUAUGAGCGGCAGGCUGCUCCUUCGAGUUCUGCAAUCUCAAGUGCUCCAGCAGCCUUACCGACCCCAUCACUGGCUCCGAACAUUAAUAGUAGUAAAUACGACAUAUCUCAACACUUCUGCCGGAUAUGGAGACAUGCAAGCGUACUUGCAGAUGGGAAGAUAUAUAUUGAUGGCGGAAAUACGUUCACGCCCAAUGGGAACACAACAUUCUUCAAUACGCCACAGCAAAAUAAAUAUGACAAUGGCAUGAACGACAACCUCAUCGUCUUGGAUCUCUCUCAAGACUUCAGCAACCAGGAUACCUUCCCAUACUCCGCUAUCCACAAAGGUCCUCAAGUUCCCAACGCUUUAAUUGAACAAACCCUCUGGUACUCUCAAAUCACUCGCAAGAUCUACCAGAUCGGAGGCUGGUUCUCAUUCAAUAGCCAGACGGAUCCCGGCUUCAUCGAACUCAAAAAUAUCCCAGAAUCAGCAAUCUGGGAGUUUGAUAUCGACACCCAGCUCUGGAAACAGUCAGAAUUCAGCUACUUCAAUACAGGGAACAAAGUGGAGCGUGCGGGAGCUGCGGCGAAUUGCGAUGCGCCGUCACUGAACAUGAGUUUCUUGUUUGAGGGUUAUGUUCAGCAGCGCUCAGAUGCGGAUUAUACCACAUAUGAACAGUCGUCAACGUUCAAAUACCUCGAAGGCAUGCUCCAGCUCAACACGAACACAGCGCCGCCAACGUUGACGAAUAUCUCCGUCCCUGACUACAUAGGCCCUCGAAUGAACGGGGCAAUGAUCCAUGUCCCUGUUGGUGAGAAAGGGGUUGUGAUUCAAAUUGCCGGGCAAGUCCCUAAGGAUCCCACGCCGUUCGGUAUCCCUAUCUUGAAAGCCAAUGAGAAGAAUGACAACAUCGAAAAUUCAUUUGUAGAUAUUUAUGAUAUCGAGACCGGGUUUUGGUUUCGGCAGCAGACCUUUGGUGGUCCUGAAAUUCCGCCUGGCAGGUCUGACAUUUGUACUGUUCUGGUCGCGGCACCUGACGGGAGCUCCUACAACAUUUUCGUCAUUGCCGGUAUUCAAACCUAUGAUAAUGUUGUUGCUCAUGAAGAUAUGUGGGUUCUCACCAUCCCAACUUUCCAAUGGGUACAAGUCCAUACCAGACCCGGGGGUGUAUUUGGCCACACAUGCCAUGCAGUUGGGGAGAACCUCAUCAUAGUUGGCGGGAUGCAGACAGAUGAAAAGGGAGGGAGUGUAAAGAACUGCUCGGCACAUAUGCCAGCUGAAAUAUUCAGUCUCGUAGACCUCGCAUACACUGGAAAAUUCGACUUCGCCGGCGCCAGCAGGACACCUCCCGUCCCCUCUGAGGUCGUCAAACUCAUCGGUGGAACAUCAACCGGGGGAGCAUCCGCACCAAACCUCGUAUGGAGUGAUGCUUAUCUACAAUACAUCUUCAAGCCCAGCCUCCCUCGCCCAACAUACACCCCAACCUACACCCUCGUAACCAGCACCUCAACAACCAACUCCACAUCGGCCACCCCCUCACCAACUUCACCUUCUAAAUCAAAGUCAAACACAGGGGUCAUCGCUGGGGCUACAGUAGGCGGCGUCGUUCUCCUCGCCGUCCUCAUUACCCUCUUUAUCAUAUUCCGUCGUCGCAAGAAUGCCAAACGUCGCGCCGCCCUCGAAUCAACGGCCGGUUCACACAUCCCACCAACCCACGAACUGCCCUCGUACCAAGAUUCCAAAUACAACAAUCAACAUCCCGUAGAAGUUUCAGCUUAUCAAGAACCUCUGACUUUUGCGCCGUACAGUAUGGAAACUGCUGGGACGAAUGAGCCACAGGAGAUGGACGCUCACAUGAACGGCGAAGAAAGAGAUCAGUGGCGGCCGUUGAGCGGUGAGACAGGUCUAGGACUGGGGAUGAGCACUCCUACCCACACGAGUAGUCCCAUAUUUUCGGAGGUCAGUAGGGAGAGUGUUGGAAGUCCUAGUCCCAGGCUUAGUGCUGGGGCUGGGAGUCCGGAUCUUGGAAACGCAGGAACGAGUCCUAAUCCGGCGAGGAUGAGUAGGCAGAGUAGAGUUUCCGAUGGAUCGUAUUGAUCCCGAUGUUUGUGUUUUCAUAUAAUUUCUCCGACUGUUUUUUUCUAGUCGUUUUUGGUCUAGCGAGGCGUCGUGCGGGCGCUUCUUACAGUACACUCGUUGUCGUUCCAAGCGAUUUGCAGGAGCGCUGUCUGAUUUCGUAUUCAUAAUUGACGUCAUGUCUUGCCAGCUCAACUUUCACUCGUUGGUAAUCGCUCUACAUCAAAUAUCUUGAACUUGAAUUCGCGGAAGUUGAAGAUUGACGUUGGAGGAUUUCGUAAUUUUCGUUGUCGAUAUGCCUUAUUGUCAAGAUGGCAAUUAUAAUUGACAGCAACAACAGCAAUGCCAACUGUUUUCUCCCCUUAACACUCUAUCAAAAUCAAGGAGAGAUAGUCAUAGGAAACACAUGAAAGGAAUCUUAGAAGCCC